AUUCUAUCAACUGCACUUGACUGGUCUGCUUCUCGCUCGUCUUUUGCUAUUCCUAGACCUCCCCAGACUUCUUCCGGCCUCUCCCUCCCUAUUCUCUCCUCCACAUCUCUUUUGCCUAUCCCUCCCCUCCCCCCGUUUAUAAACAUCUGUCCCCGGACAGAUCGGUUUUCCUUUUCCUCCACGUCUCUCCUCCCGAUUUCCUCCUCACCACUUCUCUUCAGACUCAACCAUGACAAUGUCGUGGAAAAUCACUAGAAAACUAAAGGAAACCCACCUCGCUCCUUUGACCCAAACCUUCACGCGGUCCUCCUCCACAUCCACCAUCAAGGGCGAUUCCGGUGAAGAGACUCCUGUGGUCUCGCAAACGCCCACGAUCUCAACCUCUAACGCCAACGGAAUCAAUGCCUCGGAAUCGCUGGUCUCUCCGCCCGUGGCCCCUGUCAAACCCGGUAUCUUGAUUGUCACCCUCCACGAAGGUCGAGGUUUCGCUCUUUCGCCCCAUUAUCAACAAAUCUUCAAUUCCCACUUCCAGAACAACAAUGCCUAUGGCAUGCGUCCCAGUUCCUCGUCCUCCCACUCCGCCCAUGGCCAAGCCGGCUCCUUCGUACAAAGCGCCCGUCCCCAGUCGACGAGCGGAGGCAUCAAUGCUGCCCCCACCAUUCACGGUCGCUACUCCACCAAGUACCUUCCUUACGCCCUCUUGGACUUCGAAAAGAACCAGGUCUUUGUCGAUGCCGUGUCUGGGUCGCCAGAAAACCCACUCUGGGCGGGUGACAACACUGCCUACAAGUUCGACGUCUCGCGCAAAACAGAGCUGAACGUUCAGCUUUAUCUCCGUAACCCUGCCGCUCGCCCCGGUGCCGGUCGCAGUGAGGAUAUCUUCCUCGGUGCGGUCAAGGUUCACCCUCGUUUCGAGGAGGCUCUGCCGCACGCGGAGGACCCCAAGAGCAAGAAGGAUAACAAGCAACCGCAAGAACGUCAGGCUGGCCAACUCGGCGCGGAGUGGCUGGAUCUGCAAUUCGGUACCGGCUCGAUCAAAGUUGGUGUCUCCUUCGUCGAGAACAAACACCGCAGCAUGAAGCUGGAGGACUUCGAACUCCUGAAGGUCGUUGGUAAGGGUAGCUUUGGCAAGGUCAUGCAGGUCAUGAAGAAGGAUACGGGUCGGAUUUACGCCCUCAAAACCAUCCGCAAAGCUCACAUCAUCUCCCGCUCAGAGGUGACGCACACUCUGGCGGAAAGAUCGGUGCUGGCCCAGAUCAACAACCCUUUCAUCGUUCCCUUGAAGUUUUCCUUCCAGUCACCGGAGAAACUGUAUUUUGUUCUCGCUUUUGUCAAUGGAGGAGAGCUGUUCCACCAUUUGCAAAGGGAACAGCGCUUUGAUAUCAACCGCGCUCGGUUCUACACGGCUGAGCUUCUUUGUGCCCUGGAGUGUUUGCACGGAUUCAAGGUCAUUUACCGUGAUCUCAAACCCGAGAACAUUCUUCUUGACUACACCGGCCAUAUCGCGCUGUGCGACUUCGGUUUGUGUAAGUUGGACAUGAAGGAUGAGGAUCGGACGAACACGUUCUGCGGCACUCCCGAAUACCUCGCCCCGGAGCUCUUGCUUGGCAAUGGAUAUACUAAGACUGUCGAUUGGUGGACUCUGGGUGUCCUUCUCUAUGAGAUGCUGACGGGUCUCCCGCCGUUCUACGACGAGAACACGAACGACAUGUAUCGCAAGAUUUUGCAAGAACCCCUUACGUUCCCUAGCACCGACAUUGUCCCUCCCGCUGCUCGCGAUCUCCUCACGCGACUGCUUGACCGUGACCCCCAGCGUCGAUUGGGUGCCAAUGGUGCCGCUGAGAUCAAGUCGCACCAUUUCUUUGCAAACAUUGACUGGCGCAAGCUGCUCCAGCGGAAGUACGAGCCAAGCUUCCGACCCAAUGUGCUGGGCGCUCGCGAUACCACCAACUUCGACCGCGAAUUCACCUCAGAAGCCCCACAGGAUUCCUACGUCGAUGGCCCUGUUCUGUCCCAGACGAUGCAACAACAGUUUGAAGGCUGGUCUUACAACCGUCCGGUCGCUGGCCUUGGCGAUGCUGGUGGCAGUGUCAAGGACCCCUCUUUCGGAAGUAUUGCCGAGUAAACCCUUCUACGUGUCACCAUCCAAUGGACUGGUAGUUCUUGGGGUGGACAUAAAAAAAGAACACAAUGUGACAUCAAGACACGAAGAAGGAAUUGUUUGAAACAAUUCCCUC